AUGGAGCCUAUCUCAGCGGUUCUCGGUGUGAUGGCUGCGCUGCCGCAGUGCAUCAAAACGGCCAAAGACCUCUAUGACCUCCGGUCCCGCUACCAAGACGCAUCGCUCCUUAUCACGGCCAUCUAUUCAGAGUCCCAAAUUAUCGCCGCGUCGCUAUCUCAAGUCCAAAAUCUACUCUACCACGAUGCAUUACAAAGCAAGCCUCAAUUGCUCGAGACGUUCGACCAUGCGCUCACAGGAUGGAUCAAGGCAGAGAAAGAUGACCUGAAGUUCAAGGACCGAGCUAAAUACCUAUGGAAAGAGGACACCUUCAAGGAGUUGCUUACACAGAGCCGUGGCCAACAAUCGGCUCUUAGUCUACUCGUACAAGGCUUACAGAUGGAGUCCAUUGCAGAAAUUAGGAAGUUAGUGCAAGACAAUAGCGUUACCUUAAACCAGGUGGUCAAACGGUCAAGGACUCUUCGACAGGCACAUCCUCGUGUGAAAGUCCCGGAAUCCAUAUUCGGCCAUGAGAGCCGAGUACAUGAUUGUGCAGACGCGGACUCUAUUAUCAGAUCCGCUGAAUUUGCUUUUGAUGAUGAGGUGAUCAGUUCAAAGGCAUAUCGUAAAGCGAUGGCGUUCUACACGGCGCAUAGUGGAACCAACGCACCCCGCGUCUCAGAAAAGCAAGUCGAAGACGUUGAUCUGACUCCGCUUGAGUGCGCAGAGCAAUUAAAAGAGGAGGAGGCCCCUGAAGCCUCCGGGUCUAUCUUUCUCACUGCGAAUGAGACCGGAUUGUCCAACUCAAAGGACGUUCUAGCGGAACAACGCCCACCUUCGCAGCUUGAGAUCAAGGAAGAACAUGAGGACUUAUUUGACGCUCUUGAGAAAGACAUCCUUGCAUUCAUGCCCCAAAUUACUUUCACAGCCCCGUAUCUGAACACUAUCAACCUUAGUACACCAAACGUACAAAGGAGUGGUACAUUGACUCCAAAGCCGCUACGAUCAUUCAGCGAAGGACAUCAGGCAUACACCAACGAGGAAGUACCUCCAUUACCACCUCGUCGCCCGAGUGGACCUCAAUUGCGCUCAGAGCCUACCACUACUAUGCCAAAAGUGCGAUCGUCGUCUUCAGAUGAUAGUAUUUGCACCUCCACGCCGUCUGUCUUGUCGAAAAUGUCGACGGCUUCAUCGUAUACGCUCUACGAGUCUUCUCGGUCAAGCUCAACUAUGUUAGGGCGACCCUUGCGAACAGCAUUGCCGUUUACGCACCAAGCGCCGCGAGAGAUUUUCGGUGAGAUUCGAAGCGUACUACCUGAACGCGAAACGGCUGCCGCGUUAUCACCACUAAGGAACGCUGAUAUGCGCGAGAUCUGGAUCUCCCUUCUGGACGCCGAGAACAAAUUCAUCGACCGCAUGACAAAGUUCCGCAAUAUGUAUGAUAACAUCAUAAAACAAUGGCCGAUUCUCGAGAAGCACCUGGGGGCUAUUCUUGUUGGCGAGCAACUGACAACUCUCAAUAAAGAGUGUUUGCUCCAAGCAAUGGAACAGCAAAUGUGCGACGAUGAGACUAUUCUCUGCAAUCCAUCUUUGUUCGAGACCUGGACAAGCAAAACUUCCAGAGUGUACCGAGAGUACUGCCAACAAAUGCCACACGCUGCGUCUUCGUUAAGCACAACACAGAACAUGGACCCAAAGUUCACACCUUUUGUGCAUACAUUAGGCCUGAGUAUUGCCUACUUCGGCAUGGGUUGGCAAGAUUAUCUUGACCUACCCAAUGUACAACUUCAGUCGUACAUCGACAACCUCAAUAGUCUCAUUAGUAUCGCCGAGACACUCGAGGAGCCUACGGCUGGCCAUGAACUAGCUCGUUUAAAGAGUGCCCUAGGUGCUGUUACAUGGCUUAGAACUUUGACUUCUACCAUACUCGAUGAGGCACAGAAUCGGGAAGAUGUUCAGAACCUUGAGAGACGCAUAUACGCCGACGCCAAUCUACUCUCUAAGCUCUGUCUUCUCGACCCAACCCGUCGCAUUAGGCAUAGAGGAAACAUAGCAAUGAAGUUAAAAAGUCAAGGAACGUGGCAGUCGGUUCAUGUCAUGCUUCUAGAUAAUUAUCUACUUUGGGGGAAGGUCAAGCCGCAGAAGAAGAGCACAGGAGACAAGAUAUUGAUACUAGAUCCUCCUGUCGCCAUCAGUGAUUCGGAACUCAACUUUCCAUGCGAUCAGCACCAGUUUCAAAAAGCGAGUAUGUUUGACGAUAUCCCUCGAGGCUCCGUGGUGUACAUAAUGACAGUAAAAAACAAGAACAUUGAAGGAAAACCACAUAUGCUCGGCCUUCACGACUUUGAAGAGAGGAAAGAUUGGUGGGAUCACUUGACCGCAGCUAUCGCUACGCUCGAGUCCGCUCCUGAGUGA